AUGGACCAAUCAGUACAUAUAAUUCUCAAAGACCUCCACGGAUCCACGAAUGCUCUGUUCAACCUUAGAGACUCAGGUACACAACGUGGUGAGGGUGGUGAGGGUGGUGAGGGUGGUGAGGGUGGUGAGGGUGGUGAGGGUGGUGAGGAGCGUGGCAAGCUGCACAAGAGAGGAAAGAUAUGA